GUCAACUAAGUUUCUUCACUCUCCACUUCAUAAUAUCAACUUCAUUCUAAACAAUUAGAAACAACAAAUUAUAUAUGUCUCCACAAACAUAAAGUGUAGCGGGUUUAAAUCCAAACCCGGCUCAAAACCUGUCAACAAAAGUUUUACCCGCGUUGACCGAGUUGGGUCGGGUGGGUACCCGUGGGUUCGGGUUUUGUUGCCAUCCUUAGUUGAACCCCAAGUCACAGUCCAACACCAGAAAGAACCUACCGCGAAAGUAGGUGGUCCAAGUGUCGUGGGGCCCAUGCCUUUUCUUCACCCACCAAGCACCAACUCUCCGCUUCACCAACCCCACCCCACUCUCGGUUAGGUGGACGCCGUGGGUCCCGCUCACAAAUCCAAUCCGUAGCCUCCACGUCAUCUGAACGCUAAGCGAUCCCUCGUGAGCCCGGCCGUAGACGAUCCGCCUCGAUAGCCCGAUAUAAACGCGGAAAGCUUUGAGGGAACGAAAAGCGCGGGGAAUCAAGUAAAACCUAAAGCAAGAGAGCGAGUCCCACGAUUCCGCUCCUCCCUCUCCACUAUUUAACCUCCUGUUCGUCUCUGCUCCUGUUUUUCCUUCUCCCCUCGUCUCUCUCUCUCUCUCUCUCUCUCGAUCUCAAUUUCCCCCUCGUUCUUCUUUAAUAAAAUCCCUGGUGAGUUUCAACUUUCAAUUCCGCUUGUUCUUCCUCUUCUUUUUCUUUUGAUCCGAUCUUUGAUAAUGUCGAUCUGUAAUGCAUGUGUUUGUUAUGGAUGAUCUGUCGCUCCCCCGUGUGAAUCUGCAUCGUUACUUAGCCGAAUUUGAUUGAUUUCUCUGUGUGGAACAAUUUCUUUUCCUUGUCGUUGUCGAUCGAUCGGAUCCGGCAGGCGUGACGAUCUCAAUUGGGGUUAUUUCGGAUUUUUUUUCCCCCACUGGUGUCGAUUACGUGUUUGAUGAAAUGUCUCACUGUGUUGUUGUGGUUUUUACCUAAAAUCUAAUUGUGAUGGUGGGAUGUUUGUGGAUCCAGCGUAAACGAUAUGGAGACUUUCCUCUUCACAUCCGAGUCUGUGAACGAAGGUCACCCGGACAAGCUCUGCGACCAGGUCUCCGACGCCAUCCUCGAUGCCUGCCUGGAGCAGGACCCGGAGAGCAAGGUCGCUUGCGAGACCUGCACCAAGACCAACAUGGUCAUGGUCUUCGGCGAGAUCACCACCAAGGCCAAGGUCAACUACGAGAAGAUCGUGAGGGACACCUGCAGGGGAAUCGGGUUCGUAUCUCCCGAUGUGGGUCUCGAUGCUGACAACUGCAAGGUGCUCGUCAACAUCGAGCAGCAGAGCCCCGACAUCGCACAGGGUGUCCACGGCCAUCUCUCCAAGAAGCCUGAGGAGAUCGGAGCUGGUGAUCAGGGGCAUAUGUUUGGGUAUGCUACCGAUGAGACCCCCGAGCUGAUGCCUCUGACCCAUGUCCUCGCCACCAAGCUUGGAGCCAAGCUCACCGAGGUGAGAAAGAACAAGACCUGCCCAUGGUUGAGGCCCGACGGCAAGACCCAGGUCACUGUCGAGUACAGGAACGAUAACGGAGCUAUGGAACCUAAAAGAGUCCACACUGUCCUCAUCUCCACCCAGCACGAUGAGACCGUCACCAAUGACCAGAUCGCAAAGGACUUGAAGGAAUACGUCAUCAAGCCUGUGAUCCCAGCUAAGUAUCUCGAUGAGAAUACCAUCUUCCAUCUCAACCCUUCAGGCCGUUUCGUCAUCGGAGGACCUCAUGGAGAUGCUGGGCUGACCGGAAGGAAGAUCAUCAUUGACACCUACGGUGGAUGGGGUGCACAUGGUGGUGGUGCUUUCUCAGGGAAGGAUCCAACCAAGGUCGACCGCAGUGGGGCCUACAUUGUCAGGCAGGCUGCCAAGAGUAUUGUGGCAUCUGGCCUCGCCCGUCGCUGCAUUGUCCAGGUUUCGUACGCUAUUGGUGUCCCUGAACCAUUGUCUGUUUUCGUCGACACUUACAAGACUGGAAAGAUCCCGGAUAAGGACAUCUUGGUAUUGAUCAAGGAGAACUUCGACUUCAGGCCUGGGAUGAUCUCCAUCAACCUUGACCUGAAGAGAGGUGGCAACUUCAGGUACCAGAAGACUGCUGCUUACGGGCACUUCGGCCGUGAGGACCCAGAUUUCACUUGGGAGAAUGUCAAGAUCCUCAAGCCCAAAGCUUAAGUCUUUGAGCCAAAAUCUUGGUUGUCACUUUCUGAAGGUGGCAGGUUAUGAUCGUAGCCGUAUCAAUUUGGAUUCUGCUUGCUUUGCGAGGGGGGGAAAUAAAGAGGAAAAAGAAAAGAUGACGCUGUGGAGGACCCAUCGCCUUUGUACUGAGAAGGGGAAUGAUUGUAUUUCCAACGCUGAGAGUCGAAGCCGGGUUCCCAAAUCGUUCGAUUUUCUUUUUGUUUGGUUCGAACAGAGGUUUUAAGCAAAAAAAAGGAUUUGUUGGG